CACAGGUGGCUCUCCAGUGGCUUCUCGUCCCGCUCUGGCCGCACGCCCCACCGCUCGGCGAGGCGGCUUGCAGUCGAAACCCGUUGCGGCCCCCGCAUACUGAAACAGCGGUCAUGAUUCCGUGCAUCAGAGCACGCCCAUGUCAGUGUCACAACUCCUGUGUACGGCGGGCAUACAUACAUAACGCUAUCGCGCGAUAUGACCGGCUUUCUUCUCCCUUCUCUUUCGACAACGACGACCUUCAGUACGGCCCUUUGGAGGGAUGCGCGCCAUGCGCGCAGUUGCCGCGGUCGUCGCCACCUCCGCGGCUCUGAGUGCGAGAGCCCAGGAGGGUGGCGACGGUACGGAUAGUUCGAAUUCGACGCUUUCGUGUUCAGUUGAUGAGCAGGGGAAGUAUAAUUGGAUGAGGAACGACGUUGGCCAAACACCCUGCGAGGUCGCUUCUAGCCUCAUGGCCGCUUGUGGCAGUGAUCUGGAAUCAUUCUCGCCACCCACCGAGGAGACGCAGACCGAUUGCGCUUGCUCAAUGGUCACGUAUGUCCUCGUUCAGGCAUGCGUCGCCUGUCGAUAUGAAUCCGAUCAUUCAGCGAGCUCCUGGUAUAAUUGGAGGGUCGGCUGCUCAGAUGCCACGGACGAGGGUUUUCCGCACGACGUUUCCGACGCGGUUGUGGUUCCCGACUGGGCAUUUUACGAUGUGACACAAUACAGCGCCGAAGGUAACUUCAGCGUUUCUGACGCAAAGUCCAUUUAUGCUUCGGACCCGUCACAAUCAACGCUCGAACCAUCCUCGACAGCCACUUCCACCGCCUCCUCCACGCCUUCAUCAGUGGGGGCAACGUCGUCUGGCCCUAACAUCGGUGCUAUAGUCGGUGGGGUCAUAGGCGGCGUCGCUGCCAUUGUGAUCGCACUCGUUGCCCUGUUGCUCUGGCGAAAGCGCAAGGAGCGAUGCCAUAUCGCUCCUUCAGCAGCGUACAUGGCUGAGUGUGGCUGCAGAGCGCUGCCAUGUCCGACACCGCAACCGCCUUCCCGUCAUUACAGCUACACGUCAGUCGCGGCUGAGAAGGACGCCGUCGGAAGACAUUUCGUACGUGUAGCAUUUGCUUCAUCCUUGAGGUUCUUUCUGACCUUUUAAACUACAGAAGGACUCGUCCAAGGCAUCUCAGGAUUUCGAGGUCUUCUUACCACCACUCCGGCCGAAUGCUGCUCA